UCGAGCUCACUCACACUGAGCUCGUGGUCUAUUCAGCCGCUUCCGAUGGAGAACGCAGAGGGCCGCUGCGAUACCGGCUACGAGACCCCGAGCGUGGUCGCCGCUUCGAACGGCGACGACCGGGAAGGUUCUGAGUCCUCCGUUAACGACGGCAGCGGCGCAUUGGACGGGAAGAGUUCGCGCGAUGCAUUGGCGAAAGGCAUAUCGUCGCUGCUGAGCUCGGUCAUCAAGGACUUCGACUCCAGAGCUCAGGAUACGCUGAGAAGCCAGGACCAGCUCUCCUCCUCCAUUGAUCGGCUCACUCAGCAGCUUGAUCAGUUGCUGGAAGAUGCACCAUCACCGUUUAUCAUGCAGCAUGCUGCUAGGAUAUCUAACGUUAGAAAGAGAGUGUCAUCACUGAACUCUGUCCUAAGAUCAAUACAGAAGCGUGUGGAUAAUAUAGAUCGAAUGCUCUUUGUCGGCUUGCCACGUGAGAAGAGUACUGUAGAAGGUGCGGGCCAAUCUUGAUGCUGCUGAUGGAUACAAGGGUAGCUGAAAGUCCUCAUGAUUCUCUGGAAUUGCAUAUGCAACCUCAUGAGAAAGAGCCACCAUGCAUAUUCCUUUACUCGUCAUAGCAAUAUCAGCUUGGAGAAUCAUUUCUUCAACCCCGAACACCCCACCCCACCCCACCCCCUACCCCCUCACUGAAUCUUUUAUAGAGAGUGAAGUAGGAUCACAAGCAUGUCCCACUCUUCUCAUAUUGUACCCUCUGGCACUAUGAUGUUAUUGUAAUCUGAACUAGAUUUGCCUAUUGUGUUAUAUAUCUGGGUUAUUUUCGUUGUUACUGUAUCACUGUGAUACUACAAAACAUUACAUCUGGAACAUAUAAGAGAAAAUAUUUAUUGAUCCCAAGGAAAAAAUUAACCGAAACUAGCCUCUAGAAAAUGGAGAAAGAGUUGUUCUUGCACCACCCAUACUUGAAGACAUUCAUAAGUGAAAGCUGUUGUAAUGGAAAUCAAACAUAGAGAGAGUCUGAGCAAGGUAAAGUUUUCUAACUAU